AUGCCCAAACAAAAAGGCAACAAAGCUAUCGCCAAAGCAAAGCCCGUGGUGGGUGCGGCCGCAGCUGCCGAACCGCCCUCCUGGCCUGCCUUCAAGCCUCCGCUGCCCCUGGUCGAUCUUCAGCCUGAAUCGCUUCUGAACUCUAAGGCCCUUCUCAUCAGGAAUUUCUGGCCCAAGUCGCUCUGCCGAGACUAUGUCUCCUUCUUACGAACCCUCCCCCUCACCACAACACCUGGUCAGCCCAAACGAGGGGACGCUGUGAGGGUCAACGAUCGGUUCCAGGUCCAUGACCCGGGUUUCGCAAACCGCCUGUGGCUUGAGACUGGUCUUCGGGAUGUGCUCAUAAGCGAUGAGUGGAAAGCCUUGUGGGGCGGAGAUGCCGUGGGCUUGUCCCCGAACAUCCGGAUCUACAGAUACAAGCCCAAGCAAUUCUUCGACGCACACUACGACGAUUCCAACACUAUCAUCUCCGAUUUUGAUCAGGGAAAAUCCAUCACCACCAAGACGACAUGGACCCUGCUCCUGUAUCUCACUUCAGAAGCCGACGGGUGUCGAGGCGGUGAGACGGUAUUUUUCCCCAACGACCGGAGGGUAGCCAAGGAGGAAGUUGCCGUUGCACCUGAAACAGGCAUGGCAUUGCUUCACAAACAUGGAGACGACUGCAUGCUUGCCGUCGUCACUAGCGCGCAGCGAACGAUGCUGACCAUCGUGGGCCAAGGUGACAACAUGCGAAGAGGGCACGCGGCUUCGGUGUGUGGGUCAGACUGCGUUGUGAAGGUGGGACGAACAAACUGCUCGAGGCAGAUCAAAACCAACCGGAAUAUUAGUUCCGAGAUCUACACCAAUGCGUCUUGGUUGCUCCUCACUGUCCACUCAGCUCUAUCAUCUGUUUCCAAGCGGCAGCAGUAUUUCCAUCUGUCCGUCUCGUACAACACCAAGCCGAACCUUUGCAUUCUGUUCUUCUCCAAGGAAUUCCAUUGA